AUGAAGGGAAUAUGUGGGUUUAUUGCAUUCGUCGGGAUUUUGAAUGUUUUCUCCUCUCAGGGCAUGAUACCUUGGGAUGUGUCUGACAAGGAGUAUGCUGCGAUACCUGGUGCUCAUAGUAUGAAGCGUGCGGCACCUGAUUCUCCAACUGGGGGAUAUGCGCCAGGGAAUGUCGAAUGCCCUUCGAGUCGUCCAGUUAUUCGAGCUGCGUCUGCACUUUCCGACAACGAGACCGCAUGGCUGCAACUACGAAGAAACAAAACAAUUGGGCCGAUGACUUCCAUCCUUACUCGGGCUAAUAUUUCUGGCUUCGACGCAUCGAAAUACAUCUCUAGCAUUGCUGGUAACGCUAGUGCUCUGCCAAACAUUGGAAUUGCGAUAUCGGGCGGAGGCUAUAGAGCAAUGUUAAAUGGAGCCGGCUUUGUCGCUGCUGCAGACAGUCGAACGGAAAAUUCUACAAAUGCGGGUGGAAUUGGAGGCCUCUUGCAGUCUGCGACAUAUCUCUCGGGUCUUUCUGGUGGUGCUUGGCUGGUCGGCUCACUCUACGCAAACAAUUUUAGUACUGUCACUACUCUACGUGACGGGAGCCCUGGCUCAUCUGUUUGGGAAUUUGGAAACUCAAUUCUCAAAGGCCCUGAUUCUAGUGGAUUGUCAAUCGCAAACAUUGCUGACUAUUACAAUAUCCUUCAAGCUGAUGUCGAUUCAAAAUCCAAUGCUGGAUACGAGACGACCAUCACCGAUUAUUGGGGGCGUGCCCUAUCCUUCCAGCUUGUCAAUGCUUCCAACGGUGGCCCAGCAUAUACCUUCUCAUCAAUUGCACUGGACAAAAGCUUUGUUGACGGCGAGAGCCCGUUUCCAGUCCUAGUCGCUGACGCCCGUGCACCUGGAACCAUGAUUAUAUCCUUAAAUUCAACUGUGUACGAAUUCAAUCCAUUCGAGUUUGGUUCAUGGGAUCCAACGACGUACGGAUUUGCGCCACUCCGUUAUAUUGGGUCCAAUUUCUCCGGCGGAGUUGUCCUACCAAAGACACCUUGUGUGCGUGGUUUCGAUCAAGUUGGAUUUAUCAUGGGCACCUCGUCUUCUCUAUUUAACCAGUUCAUUCUCCAAAUUAAUUCCACGGCUAUGCCCAAUGCUAUGAAAAACUCCCUAACGUCGAUUCUCGAACGAAUUGGUUCUAACGAAAACGAUGUCUCUUUAUUCAAACCGAACCCCUUUUUUGGCUAUAAUAAUAGCACAAACGAUAAUUCCCAUUCAAGCCAGUUAACUCUUGUAGAUGGUGGGGAGGACGGCCAAAAUAUCCCUCUCUCGCCUCUUAUUCAGCCGUUUCGGGCACUGGACGUCAUCUUCGCCGUUGACUCCUCUGCAGACACAGGCUUCUACUGGCCAAAUGGCACCUCUCUUGUAGCAACCUAUCGACGCUCUCUUAAUGCUACACUCGAAAAUGGCACAAUCUUUCCGGCUAUUCCUGACCAAAAUACGUUUAUAAACCUGGGUCUCAACAACCGUCCCUCUUUUUUUGGCUGUAACGCUAGCAAUCUCACUGGUGAAGCUCCACUUAUUGUCUACGUACCAAAUGCGCCAUACAUCAUCCAGUCAAACUUUUCCACGUUUAAGCCAGACUACAGUAACGUUGAAAGGAACCUCAUGAUUCAAAAUGGCUAUGAUAUAGCAACGAUGGGCAAUGGUACUAUGGAUAUGAAUUCUACUUCGCCGAAUAAUUAUGAACCGGCAUUAAAGUUAGAGAUUAGCGCCGCGAAUUGUGCCAGAUUUAACAGUAAGGGCUUUAUGGUUGCUUUUCUUUCUAUGGCAUUUUCCUUGCUUGCUAACCUAUGA